GUAAGUCGGCGACCAGGGAAAGAGAAGGAAGGCCAGCUAGGAUGGUGGUGAUCGAGUCCGGAUCCACGACUGGCAGUUUACGGCUGGUAGUCAACGCACAGUCAGUCAGUCAUUCAGUUAGUCGAUUGUAGUCAGUCAGUGGUAGAAGUUGUUCCGCUCGCGGAGCCGCGACAUGUUUCUUUCGCGUUUCAGUUCAUAUAAGUUUUAUCCGUAUUAUUUAAUCUGUCGCUAACACGGUUGUGUUACAAUUGUAACAGUUUUCCUUGGUCUUUUGCUUGUUAUCUCUUCGUUUCUUUUUUUCUUUUUUUUUCUUAUUCUUCUUUUCUACAAACACGUUGGUUGGUUCUGCGCAGUGAGGUCAAUCGAUGAAAGUGCAAGUGCCAGUAAGAUCAGUGUGUGCGUAAGGACCUUCCUUUCUUCCGAACUAGUGAUAAAGUGGGAGAAACGUGUGACCUUGAGUAGGAUCUCAAAGAGGAUCUCCGCGAAGAAGUGAUAGCCUGGAGAAGACGCGACGUAAACGUAGCCACGGAUGGUUAACGACGUAAUGAGCGAGUACGAACGAAUCAAGCGUUCGUGCUUGAAACGAGGUGAACUAUGGGAAGACCCAGAAUUUCCAGCAACGCAGACUUCGGUCUUCUACCAUCAAACACCUCCGUUUCAGUUUCAGUGGAAGAGACCAAAGGAAUUAUGCAAUCGUCCAAUAUUUGUCAGCGAUACACCAGCCCAGUUCGACGUGAUUCCCGGGAAAAUGGGUGACAAAUGGCUAGUUUCCUGUCUGGGCGUCCUCCACUUGAGUAAAGGACUUUUCUACAGAGUGGUACCGGCCGAUCAAGGAUUUGGGAACAGCGGAGAACCCCCUGGGUCACCGACGGCCGAGUACGCCGGGGUCUUCAGGUUCCGGUUAUGGUGGUGCGGUGCAUGGGUCGAAGUUCUCGUCGACGACAGGCUACCGGCAAUUCACGGUCGGCUGGCUUUCGUGCAAAGUCGUCACAGUGAUCAAUUCUGGCCGGCUCUUCUGGAGAAAGCGUAUGCCAAAUUGCAUGGGUCAUAUGAAGCUCUGAAGUAUGGAACUCUGUUGGAUGGUUUGUCUGAUCUCACCGGAGGGAUUACAGAGAGUAUCGCGAUACGCCAGGAUCCUACAGCGUGUGGACGUGUUCUUGCGAAACUCCUUGAUAUGACGUCUCUUAUCACGUGUACAGUAAAUAACAAUCAACAGCAAAUUCGUGCCAGUACAGAAAAACUCGCCAAUGGUAUUCAGAUGGGUAUCAAUUACAGACUCUACGCUAUUGAGAGGGUGGAAACAUUUAACGGUGAAGCGGUUCAGUUAGUAAAAUUAAGAAAUCCUCUUGGACCUGGUAGGGAGUAUGUUGGCGCUUGGGCAAGAGGUGGUCUUGAAUGGGAUGAAGUACCACCAAUGGAAAGGGAUCGUUUAGCGGUCAGAAACAUGGCCGAGGGAGAAUUCUGGAUAUCGUAUUCAGAUUUCGUGAAGACAUUCACUCAUUUAGAAGUUGUACAUCUUGAUGCCGAAACGUCGAGGGAUGAGCCAUCGUUGCAUAGCAAACAUACCUGGCAGAUGAAACUCUAUCAAGGUAGCUGGAGGAGAGGCGUAACCGCGGGAGGAUGUCGAAACAAUGAAGAAACUUUUCAUAUUAAUCCACAAUUACAUUUAAUCCUAAGCGAAAUGGAAGAAGUAAUUGUUUCUUUGUAUCAACACUCUAUUAUGGAGAUAAAAGUAAUAGGCUUCACAGCAUAUACUUUGCCAAAAAAUAACACCGAAUCGAUAAACAAACAGUUUUUCAAAAAAAAUAAAUCUUUGGUAAACUCGCAGUAUACCAACAGUCGUCAGGUGAGCCACAGAUGUCAAUUAGAUCAGGGUGGCUAUCUGUUAGUACCCACUACUUUUGAACCUACCCAAGAAACAAGUUUUACAUUGCGAGUCUAUAGUAGUAAGCCUUUGAAACUCAAACUUCUCGAUACACCGCCAUCUCUAGUAAAGUCGACGAUCAUCAAAGCACCACCUCUCGAAGGCAAAGGUUUCUCGCAGUAUGAAGCCGUUUUCCUACAACUUGCUGAUGAACACAGAACCGUAAAUGCUUUUGAAUUGCAAGAACUUCUCGAAGCUUGUUUACCGAAUGAUUACAUAAAAAGCUGUGCUUCUAUGGAAGUAUGUCGACAGGUAGUACUUACAAUGGAUAGCUCUGGUAGCGGUCGAUUGAAAUUCAAUGACUUCAAGGAUCUUAUGUGCAGUUUAAAAUACUGGCAAGCAGCAUUCAAAAAUCACACGAAGGAAAAAACUGGUAUACUUAAAGCAGAACGAUUACGAGACGCGUUAUUAGAAGUGGGAUUCCAAUUAAAUACGGAUGUACUCUCAAUUUUAAUUCUUCGAUAUAUGAGAAAAGAUGGUACACUCCGAUUUGGCGACUUCGUCUCGGCAAUAUUGCACUUGAGUGACGCAUUUGGAAUAUUCGAAAGUAAAGAUCCUUUACAAAAUGGGACCAUAAAAUUAAGUUUAACUGAGUGGCUCAGAUCAUCUUUGAUGUGCUGAACAUAUGUGUACCUUAGAAUACUUGUAAAUAAUGUUUUUUACGUCGUAUAUAGACUUAAGGUUUAGCCAUAUUAACGGUUAAUGAUUGAGUCUAUUUUUUGUGCUGUUUGUAAAAUAAUACCAUUAUUCCCGCCAUUAGCAAUCUCAUCAUUCCUUCAUCUGAUUAAACAUUAUAAAUGUAUUAUAUGUUGUUUGUAUAAAAAAUUCGUACUGGAUAAUAAAGUUAAAUUUAUUUUGUACAA